AUGAAACCACCUUUAGAAAUUCACUGGGUCACAUUAUCCCUUCUCGUCUUCUCGACACUACUCGCCUCUCUACUCGCGGUUCUAUUACGAAAGUUGGUUGAAGUCAUGAAGGAAUCAGACGAGGACCAAGCUCCCCCCGCAACCAACAAUCCACCACCUUGUGAAGGCCACAAGCAGAGCAGCCCUAUUCCUGAGACGAAAGAUGAGAAACCCAACUGGAAUGAGACAAGAGUAUUUGGCGGCAUGAGCAGGGAUCCAUUUUUUGAUCAGAAGUCUUAG